UUUUCUUCAGUCUCUUCCCCCCCUCUCCUCUUCUCUGUCUUCUUUUCUCUCUCGCCUCGUUUCCAUUUCUUUUUUUUUUUCCUCAAGAAUUUUAUCAGCCCUAAUUCUCCAUAUCUAUUCCCAUAUCAUUGUCCCCAAACCUAACUCUGGCUUCUUCUUCUUCCUCUUCUUCUUUAGUACAAUUAUUUUCUUAAAUUUUAGUUAUUCAUGCUCGGAAAGGUUAGCUCGAUUUUGCCUGGCAUUGAACCCUCGAUAGUGAAAACCUAAUUUGGUACUGCUGUAUCUUCCCAAUUCUGACCUGAAAGGUCAGAGUCAAGGUUUGGAAAUACGAGUUGAAUACGGGAGUAGUUCUGAAUGGCUGAUCAUCGCAAUGGAAAUGGACAACCUCCUAAUGGGAAGGCCACUGGUGCUGCGAAUGCGUACUCUAUUGAUCUAAUUAAAUUCAGUGAGCGAUUGAAGUCUCUUUAUUCACAUUGGAAUGAACACAAAUCUGACAUGUGGGGUUCUUCUGAUGUGGUUGCAAUAGCUACGCCUCCAGCAUCUGAGGAUCUGCGGUACCUGAAAUCCUCAGCAUUGAACAUUUGGCUUCUGGGAUAUGAAUUUCCUGAUACAAUUAUGGUUUUCAUGAAGAAGCAGAUUCACUUUUUGUGUAGCCAGAAGAAGGUGUCUUUACUUGAUGUUGUGAAAAAACCUGCCAAGGACACUCUUGGUAUUGAUGUUGUGAUGCAUGUGAAGGCAAAAAAUGAUGAUGGAAGUGGGCUCAUGGAAGCUAUAUUUGGUGCCAUCCGAGCUCAAUCCAAGGGAGAUGAUGAUGAUGGUAAGAACGUGGUUGGAUACAUUGCUAGAGAAGUUCCUGAAGGAAAUCUCAUGGAAAUGUGGGCGGACAAGUUGAAAAAUGCUAAUUUCCAGCUCAGUGAUAUAGCAAAUGGGUUGUCCGAUCUGUUUGCUUGUAAAGACAAGGAAGAGCUUGUGAAUGUUAAGAAGGCUGCCUUCUUGACUACUAAUGUCAUGAAUAACAUUGUGGUUCCAAAGCUUGAGAACGUUAUUGAUGAGGAAAAGAAAAUCACCCAUUCUGUUUUGAUGAAUGAGACAGAGAAGGCUAUAUUGGAGCCUUCUAAAGCUAGUGCAAAGCUGAAGGCAGAGAAUGUCGACAUCUGUUAUCCUCCUAUUUUUCAAAGUGGUGGAGAGUUUGAUUUGAGGCCUAGUGCUGCAAGCAAUGACGAGCUACUUUACUAUGACUCGGCGAGUGUUAUCAUAUGUGCUGUUGGAUCCCGGUACAAGAGUUACUGCUCCAAUGUUGCCAGGACAUUUUUGAUUGAUGCCAACCCGCUACAAAGUAAGGCAUAUGCGGUUCUUCUCAAGGCACAUGAUGCAGCUAUCAGUGAGCUGAAACCAGGGAAUAAAGUCAGUGCUGCAUAUCAAGCAGCUUUCUCAGUUGUUGAGAAGGAUGCUCCUGAAUUAGUUCCAAAUCUGACAAAGUCUGCUGGGACAGGCAUUGGCCUUGAAUUUCGUGAGUCUGGAUUGAAUCUUAAUGCAAAAAAUGACAGGGUAGUGAAAGCUGGCAUGAUCUUUAAUGUGUCACUUGGUUUUCAGAAUUUGCAGAAUCAAUCCAAUAACCCCAAAAAACAGAAUUUUUCGUUGUUGCUUGCUGACACAGUUAUUGUCGACAAUGAUAAGACAGAAGUAGUGACGAGUAAAAGUUCUAAAGCUGUCAAGGAUGUGGCAUAUUCCUUCAAUGAGGACGAAGAAGAAGAUGAGAAACCUAAAGGGAAAGCUGAGGUUAAUGGAACUGAGGGCUUUAUGUCGAAGACAACUCUUAGGUCAGAUAAUCAUGAGAUCUCCAAAGAGGAACUCCGUAGGCAGCACCAAGCAGAGCUUGCCAGACAGAAGAAUGAAGAAACUGCCCGUCGACUUGCUGGUGGUGGAGCUGGGACAGGAGACAACCGUAAUGCUGCUAGGACUUCAGCAGAUUUGAUUGCCUACAAGAAUGUUAAUGAUCUUCCUCCUCCCAGAGAUUUGAUGAUUCAAAUUGACCAGAAGAAUGAAGCUGUUCUGUUGCCUGUAUAUGGGAGUAUGGUGCCUUUUCAUGUUGCUACAAUUAGGACAGUUUCCAGCCAACAAGAUACUAAUAGAAAUUGUUAUAUUAGAAUUAUUUUUAAUGUUCCCGGGACUCCUUUCAGUCCUCAUGAUGCAAAUUCGUCUAAGUAUCAGGGUUCUAUUUUUCUGAAAGAGGUUUCUUUCCGCUCUAAGGACCCAAGGCAUAUAAGUGAGGUGGUACAGCAGAUUAAAACACUUAGACGACAAGUUGUUGCAAGGGAAUCUGAGAGAGCUGAGAGGGCAACCCUUGUUACUCAGGAGAAACUCCAGUUAGCUGGUAACAGAUUCAAGCCAAUCAGGUUGUCUGACCUUUGGAUUCGUCCUGUUUUUGGAGGUCGUGGAAGAAAGUUACCUGGUACCCUUGAAGCUCAUUUGAAUGGGUUUCGCUAUUCUACCACUAGGCAGGAUGAGCGUGUGGAUGUAAUGUUUGCGAAUAUUAAGCAUGCUUUUUUUCAGCCAGCUGAGAAUGAAAUGAUCACUCUCCUUCACUUUCAUCUGCACAACCACAUAAUGGUGGGGAACAAGAAAACCAAAGAUGUCCAAUUCUAUUGCGAGGUUAUGGAUGUGGUUCAAACAUUGGGUGGUGGAAAGAGGUCUGCUUAUGACCCUGAUGAGAUUGAAGAAGAGCAGCGGGAGAGGGAUAGGAAGAAUAAAAUCAACAUGGAUUUUCAAAGCUUUGUGAAUCGGGUGAAUGAUCUUUGGGGGCAGCCUCAAUUCAGCGGCCUUGACCUUGAGUUCGAUCAGCCUUUGAGAGAGCUUGGUUUCCAUGGUGUACCCUAUAAAUCUUCAGCAUUUAUUGUUCCAUCCUCAACGUGCCUAGUUGAACUGAUAGAGACUCCUUUCCUUGUUGUGACUCUGAGUGAGAUUGAGAUUGUGAAUUUAGAAAGAGUUGGCCUUGGGCAGAAGAAUUUUGACAUGACCAUUGUAUUUAAGGACUUCAAGCGGGAUGUCCUUCGGAUUGACUCUAUUCCAUCCACAGCACUUGAUGGUAUCAAAGAAUGGCUUGACACAACAGACAUCAAAUAUUACGAGAGCAGGCUGAAUCUAAACUGGCGACAAAUAUUGAAGACAAUCACUGAUGACCCUCAGAGCUUCAUUGAUGAUGGAGGUUGGGAAUUUUUGAAUUUGGAAGCUACUGAUUCAGACUCGGGGCAAUCGGAAGAGUCUGACCAGGGUUAUGAGCCAUCUGAUGUGGAAGUUGAAUCAGAAUCCGAAGAUGAGGCCUCUGACAGUGAAUCACUGGUGGAGUCAGAUGAGGAUGAGGAGGAGGAUACUGAAGAAGACUCAGAAGAAGAGAAGGGAAAGACAUGGGAAGAGUUGGAGAAGGAGGCCAGCAAUGCAGACAGGGAGAAAGGUGUCGAGUCUGACAGUGAGGAAGAGAGGCAAAGAAGGAAGAUGAAAGCUUUUGGAAAGUCCAGAGCUCCUCCUCCUAGUAGAUCUGCACCACCUAAGCGUGCUAAGACAAGAAGAUAGGCGUAGCCAGAAGUUUCUUGUUUUCAUUUACUUUGGUAGUAUUCAGCAGCAACUUACUGCUGCAGUAUGGCUGACUUAGAUUGGAAUUCUUAUUUUGUUCUAGUUUGUUUUCAAGUUUUUAAUUGUAUUGCUGGACCAAAUAGGUUACGUUAAAGUCAUUAUCUGUUGUUGGUUGUAUAUUGGUAGCAUCACUUUUGCUGGAAGAAAAUUCCUUUUCCAAUUAUCUUUUAGUUGGUACA